AUGACCAUUGCAUUACGACAGUGCACAGCGUGCUGCCGCAGAUGGACGCCCUUGAACCCGUUAUGGGGGCAGGUCCGCGCUGCAUCGACUUCCUCUUCGAAGCGCGACCAUCAGCCAGAACCAAGACAGAUCGACGAGGACGUGGACGAGUUUGACGACGUGCUUGGCGAGUUGCAUCGGAGGCGCAAGAAAAUGGAUGCGAAGCGGAACCGGACCGGUGGCGAUUUUGUUGACUUUCUGCGGGUGACUGUUCGCGGAGGUAAGGGCGGCGCCGGCACGGCCGCAUUCCUGCCUACCAAGCGCGGUUUGGGGCCUCCUUCAGGUGGCAAUGGUGGUCCCGGUGGAUCCGUCUACCUCGAGACGUCCCCUCUCAUAACGUCGUUGACGACUGUGUCCAACCGCCUCAUCGGCGGACAGGGCGGCAAUGGCGCUGGAAACCUGCGGCACGGGCGACGUGGAGAUGACAUUACGGUGGUUGUCCCGGUCGGGACAGUGAUUCGGGAGAUCACUCGUGAGGGGGAGGCGGAGAAGACGGGGCGAGAGAACGACGACCUCGGUCUGACGCGCGAGGAGCGUCACAAACGCACGCAGGAGCGAUGGUUCGUACAACACCCGACACUCCAACCGAACGACAGAGAAAUGAGCGAAGCCGAAGGGACAUGCCGUCGAGCGGGACGUUGGUCGCGUCCCACACCGACCUUUGAGCAGGAACCGGCACUCGAGAUGGACAUUGCGGCGCCGAUUACCGCGCCAGUCCUCCUCGCUCGUGGUGGCGCUGGCGGUCUCGGUAACCCUCAUUUCGUGGGCGGGAACAACCGACACCCCCGCCUUGCAUCUCGUGGCGUCCUUCCCCCUACACGCACAUUCGAGUUUGAGCUCAAGCUGUUGGCGGACGUCGGCCUCGUUGGCCUCCCCAACGCCGGAAAGAGCACGCUCCUGCGCGCGCUGACGGGCCGGCGUGCCGAGGUCGCCAACUACGCUUUCACGACACUGCACCCCCAGAUUGGUGUCGUGCGGGUCCUCGAAGACGGGAGCUGGGCUGCAGAACACCAGGGCCCAGUAGAGGAGACAGAGCUGGAGCGUGAGUUUGACGAACUCGCGCGUGAGGUAGGCGAGUACCUCCCUCUUGGGCGUGCGUCGCGCGACAGGAAGGUCAAGGAACGCUCGCGCUUCUCGGUGAGCGACAACCCUGGUCUGUUGGCGCGCGCCAGCGAGAACUACGGUUUGGGACAUAGCUUCCUUCGGUCGAUCGAGCGGUCACUGGCUCUCGCCUACGUAAUGGACGGGCGACGGCCAGACCCUGCAGCCGACAUGCGCGUCCUUCGGGCCGAGCUCGAGGCCUACAAGACUGGUCUCGCGGGCCGUGCGCGGGUGGUGGCGCUGAACAAGACGGAUGAGCUACCAGCCGACGAGGUUGAGAGCAAGGCCGCAGCGUUGCGGACAGCGAUCAAAGAGUUGGGCGACGACGCCCAGGUGCUCGUCAUCAGCGCCAAAUUUGGCACUGGGGUCGACCAGGUUGUUCACCUCUUGGCGGACGCCGUUGACGCGGCGCGGCCGAAGCCUGUGGAGAUGGAGAAGCCGAAGGUGGAGGAAGCGAUCGAGAAGACCGAGGUAGAAGAGUUGUUCUAA